AUGGAAAAGUCGCUGUGGAAGCAAAGAUCUCGGGUCAAAUGGCUGGCUCUAGGUGAUCAUAACACUAAGUUCUUCCACUUAGUGGUCAAGCAACGGCAUAUGCAAUCAGUAAUCCGUCGUAUUCAAAAACCUAACGGGGAAUGGGUUAGUGAGAAUGCGCUCAUAGGUGAGGAGGCGGUAUGGUGUUUUUCCUCGUUAUUCUCGUUGGAGGAUGCCCCUGAGGUGAGGGAUAUGGUCGAUGUCAUCUCUUGGCUAGUAUCAAUGGAGGACAAUAAGCGGUUGGAGGAGGUACCGUCCUUGGAAGAAGUGAGGCAGACGGUAUGUGAAAUGGAUGGGAACAAUGCUGCGAGUCUUGACAGCUUCUCCAGUAGGUUCUUCUCCGCUGCUUGGGGGAUAGUUGGUGGUGAUGUGUACAAUGUUGUCUUGAGUUUCUUUUGUGGUGCUGAGCUUCCUAGGCGAAUCACUACUACCUCCAUUGUCUUGUUGCCCAAUGUGUAG